UAGAUUGCGCCGGAAGUGGUUCAACAGCUGAAAGUCAAUGGCGUAGGCCGAGAGACAGGCUUGCUUGAAGAUCAUAAAGAUAAUUCUUCGAUUCCUGAACAUAAACUCUCCCAGACUUACCGUUCACAAGUUCUUUUGUCACAUCGGAAGAAAUUGCCAACUGGUCAAUACAACAUGACAUCCUCAGAGACGACUCCAAACCCUAACGGUUCUCAACAGGAGACCUUCAAGGAGCAGCUCGACCGAGCUGCUGAAGAGACUCGCUCUAAGGCCAAUGAGAAGCCCAACCCCAUCGUUGAGAAGAUCACUGAGUAUGUCCCAGCUGCUGCCAAAAUCCUCGGCAGUCAUCAGAGUGACUCGAAUACCCUCAACAAGCCUGAGCUUCCUGGGCCCCCAGAACGACCACACCAUGAUGACAAGAUAGAGGGGUUUGUGAGAGAACAGCAUGGAAGUAAAGGCAAGGAUGGUCUCCUCGGUGCCCGGGAAGAGUGAGGGUUCUUUGAGUGGAGUCUCAGGAUUUUGCAUUGUAAUUUUAUUCCAAAUUGACACAACCCGACGCUGGGGAAUUGCUUGGAUGUUUUUCAUCGCCACCAUCGUGAACAGUGUUUGGGCCAAGCCCACCACCAUCCGGGUUGUGGCAAUUCACCGUCAAUAGAGUGUCACCAUGACAACACGAGACACAAGACAUGGUUCAACGCCGAUGAGUUGCGGACCGGCAUUUUCUUCACC